AUGGGGCCCGACAGCAUCUCCGCCUUAUACGACUUGUUAACGUCGCAGCCCAAACGAUUGGGAAUCGCAACUAUCCCGCAAUACUUUUACUCGGUGCGCGCAGCUGCGCAAAAUAUUUCUUUCGUCUCCGUCGCCAGCUCCCUCCGUGGACUCUAUCGCAAUGACAACGUGAACUCGGUUCAAAUUGUAUUCGUUACUUGUGUGAUUGCAAUGACUGGGUGUGGGAUAUUAGCAUCGCUGGUGAAGCGCAAGCUGUCGUGGUCAAAUGAUCAGUCUGCGCAAGCCCCCGGUGCUCACAAGCGCGCGACCAAAUCUUCCAAAACGCUGAGCUCAUCGGACUCGGAAGACUAUGAAGAUGAAGACUACGAUAGCAAGACAUCAUUGCGUCGUGGAACCAAUCCGGACUACAAAGCGAAGGAUUUGUCGUCGGAGAAUCAGCAGCAAAGCUCCAAUGCAUAUGAAACCGACCCGGGUAUACUCAGGAAAUUCAGUACAUACAACUCUUACACCACUUCGGUAGCUACAUAUCCGACCAUUCGCACGUUCUAUAGCCCCCAUCCACACCUUGCUCGACUUCCGACAAAACCAACUCCUGUCCCAUUACUCGUGGUCAUUCAUGGACUGGGCGGGUCCCUCGCACAAUUUCACCACCUCCUGACUAGUCUGUCGAAUGUUGGAUCAUGCUUUGGCAUCGAUUUACCCGGGUGCGGGCUGUCCAAGUUUGCGCCGACGGAUUGGAACGCAUACACUGUGGAGGCUCUGUCUGAACUGCUAGCUGAAGCCAUCGAUCAGCACCGGGACCGAGAGGGUGGCCAGCAAGUCAUUUUGGUCGGCCACAGUCUGGGGUGUUCCCUGUCUGCCCUCUUGGCUUCCUCGAACUCCACCAUCGGCGCAAAGCUCAAGGAGCAUAUAAUUGGCCUGAUUGCCGUGUGCCCUCGUGCCUCACCUCCUUCUGCGCAGGAAACUGCGAAGUUCCGGCGAGCGCUCUAUGUUCCCGAUACUAUCUUCGAUCUUUGGCGUCGCUGGGACAGACGCGGAGGCGAAAAAAGUGCCAGCGUCAUGCGGAUGGUCGGCGUUGCUGCUGACGCGGAAACGCGGGAUCUUCAGGUGCGCUUCAACAAGCAAAGCCAAACGCCUGUUUGGCGACGUAUGGCAUGGGGCACACUCCCCAACUACGAUAAUGGCGAUGAGGCGAUUGGCGGGUUGCCCGGCGAAAAGAUCUGGGCUGGAGUUCAGAUGCCAGUCUUACUAGUCGCAGGAGAUGCGGAUGCUGUGACCAAGCCUGUGGAGGUGCAGAAGCUCUUGAAGUUCUUUGGCGAUGCUUCUGUCCAUACCACAAGUGAUACCAGCGACAGCAGUAUCAUUCCAGACGCUUCGCGGGUCCACAACCAAAUAUACUCUACAGCCGACGAUCUCGCCAAUGAGAAGGUCUUUGGUCUGGAAGUCUCCGAAAAGAACUUGGAAAUUGGCACCCGGAAACGAGUGGUCAAGUCCGUUAUCUUGCCAGCACCGGCAUCACAUGCAUUGCUCUACGACCGAGCGACCUAUCGCACUCUUGCAGGGAUCAUCCAGGAUUUCCUCUCGUCGAACAUCGACAAUCGCCUCGGUCUGGGCUGGCAAUUGCAGUUCAUGAACACAUCCGGAAAGUGGGAUGUCAAGAAUCUUGCCAAGUGGCAAAAGGUCGCUCCAGUCUCAGCGCCGAUCGCCAACACUUUUGCUGCGAUGAAGAUGCUACGCGAAGUUGAUGAAGAACACAACCCCGUUACUUUCUCUGCAAAGUACCGUGGUCGUAUCCACGCUGUUAUCGAUAUCAGUCACGAGAGUCCAGUAUACAACCCUGCUGAAAUGGAGAAGGGCGGGGUUCGCUACUGCAAGCAUCCGACUGUCUCUAAGAUCCCUCCGACUCCAGACGAGGCGCGCGACUUCAUCGCUCUUGUCAACAGCCUCCAGAAAGAGAUUGAUGAGAAGAUGGAGCAGCGCACAGACGCCGAAAAGUCAUUGCCGCGUCCACUUGUUGGAGUCCACUGUCACUACGGCUACAACCGUACUGGGUUCCUGGUUGUUUGUUAUUUGAUCGACCAGCUUGGCUAUGGGGUGCAAGAUGCCAUUGAUGAGUUCAAUCGAUGUCGGCCUCCUGGUAUUCGGCAUGGACAUUUCAUUGAUACACUGUUUGUUAGAUAUUGCGUUGGGCUGAAGAGAGCACCUACACUGUAA